AUGGAGAACUCUGAAGGCCAACUUGUCGAUCUUUACAUUCCUCGCAAGUGCUCUGCCACCAACCGUCUCAUUACUGCCAAGGACCACGCUUCCGUUCAAAUCAACGUUGGUGAUGUCAACGCUGAUGGUCGCUAUGCCAACACUUUCUCCACCUACGCUUUCUGUGGUUUCGUUCGUAAGGAAGCUGAAUCCGACGACUCCCUCAACCGUCUUGCUCAACAAGAUGGAUACUUGAAGAAUGUCUUCUCCUACCAACAAUAA